AUGAUAGAAAAUAAACAAAAUAAACAAAAUAAACAAAAUAAUAAAGAUAAUAAAAAUGUUAAUUUUAUAAAGAUGAUUGAAGAUUUAAAAGAGGAUAAAAUAAAGAGAUAUUUAGAUAAUGAUGUUGAAAAUUUAAAAAGGGCACAAAAUUUAUAUCAAGAUAUUACAGAAAAGAUGAUUGCUCAACAAGAUGAAUUUAGGAAUGAAUUAGAUAUUUGGAAGAAUGAAUCAAUUCAAUUCGAACAAUCAAUCCCUACACCAAUAGAUGAGAAAGAUCACUCUGAAAAGAUUAACUUUUUGGAAACAAGAAAAAAUCAAUUAAUUGAAAAGAAUAAUCAAUUUGAAGAGGAGAUUAUUUUUAUAGAAAAUGAACUAUCAUCAAUAAGAUUAAAGAAAACUCAAUUAAUAAAUAAAGAAAAUCAAUUAUCCCAUGAAAAUACAAUAACAAUACCAAAUAAAGAAUAUUUAUAUUCAUUAUAUACAAAUAUAACUGGUAUUAAAUGGUCAAAUAAUGAUAGUAAUAAUAAUAAUAAUAAUAAUAAUAAUAAUAAUAAUAAUAAUAAUAAUAAUAAUAAUAAUAAUAAUAAUAAUAAUAAUAAUAAUAAUAAUAAUAAUAAUAAUAAUAAUAAUAAUAAUAAUAAUAAUAAUAAUGAUAGUAAUAACAAUAAUACAUCAUCAUCAUCAUCACCACCUAAACAAGAAUCACCAUUUAUUAAAGGUAUAAUACUUGAUACUCAAACAUUAAAUCAAAAUAAUUGUCAAAUUAAACCUUUUUCAAUUGAUAAGAAUCAAUACUCAAAUGAUUUUGAAAUUGUUAAUAAAAUUUGGGAUUUAAUAGAUAAAUAA